AUGUCUCCACCCCAUCGAUCCCCAAUCCCACCCGAUCGUUCCCAGGCAACCGAGAGCACCACCGCCACCCGCCUGGACAUUCGACCAGACGACCACGCCGCCGCCCUGAGCUCGCGGCUCCCCGUCCUCGACCCCGACGCCGCCGGUUCCGUGGAGCUUGGACGCCUGCCCUGCCCUGCUCUUCUUCCUCUCGCGGUGUCGCCCCCGCCUCCAGACAGCGCGCUGCCGCUGCGGCGUUGCCGGGUACUACUGGACUGCCGGCAGGGUUUAAAAAUGAAAAGGAAGAACGGUCCUGCUGUUAAUUUGAAAUCUUUUUUGGAAAGAUCUGCUGCAAAGAAAAGAGCUCAAAAGCAGAAUCAAAAUCCUUCUACCCGUGAGAGCCAGCUGCAAUUGGUGAUUUAUCAAGCUAGGUCUGAACCUGAGAUUGAGAAUGAAAUAGAUUGUGGAGAUGGGAAUGGGAUAACCUCAAUACUAUCUGAUGCAGAAAAUAAUGACAUUCUAAAUGUUGAAUCUGUAUCCGAUGAUGAAGAUAGUAACCAUGGUACAUAUGACAUAGUACAUGAUCCUGGAUUGAGGCCUUCUAUUUUAGAUUAUGAUGCUAAAGAUCAAGAUUCAGUUAGAAGGGAGUAUAUUGCAUUGGGGCCAUGUCAACCAAAGAUGAAGAUCAAUGAUUUUCCGCAGCAUAAUUGUGGAGGUAUGCGCCGAUUCCUACCAAAAUGGUUUAAUGAGUUCAGGUGGAUUGAGUAUAGUGUGACAAAAGAUGCUGCAUUUUGUUUUGUGUGCUAUUUGUUUAAAGAUAACACCCAUGGUCGUGGUGGAGAUGCUUUUGUUACCGAAGGGUUUAGAAAUUGGAACAUGAAAGUUAGAGCUUACACUAUACUCAAUCCACUUGAGUUUACAAAGUUAGAGCUUGAUGUUUUGAGAGAUGAUUCUGGAUGGCAAGAAUUUUUGGGGAAGGUCAGUUCUUUUUGUGAGAAGUACAAAGUUAGAGUGGUUGAUAUGAAUGGAAAGUAUAAACCUAUCCAAAGAUGAAGGAGGUUCUAUAGAGAUGCAAUUAAUUAUCACAAGUUUCAUGGUGAUAUGUUUUGGGGUGUCAUUGACAAACAAUUUCAAGAGCUCAAUAAUAGGUUUGAUGAGGUAAACACAGAACUACUAAGAUGCAUGGCAUCAUUCAAUCCAACUAAUUCAUUUUCAGCCUUUGAUGUUGAGAAAUUAGUCAAACUUGCUAGGUUCUACUCUCAUGAUUUUGAUUUUGAAGAGAUGAACCAACUGCCAUUUCAUUUGAACCGCUAUAUUAGUUGUCGGCGUUUAGAAACACCGGCCAGUGAUCAAGUGAUCACGCACACGGUUGCGAGGAGGGCGACAGAUUGAUCCCGGAGAGGAAGAAAACGCGAGGGAUUUAGACUGGUUCGGACCGGGGUCCUACGUCUAGUAUGGGUGAUGCCGCGGCCUUGAGUUCGUGUUCCUCAAGCCGCCUGGAAGGAACGAGUAAAGGGGGUGUGUUACAAUGGUGUCACUUCUCUCUCCCACCAACUGUCGUAGGUGGGUUCUAUUUAUAGUCGUUGGAGUGUCCCUCGACCCCUUAUCAACCCAGGGUCGAGGGGCUUUACAUGAUUCUUUAUUAAGAGGCCGUCGAUGACGUCCGUCCGCGCCGGGUGAAGCGGGGUCGAGGCUGACACCGGACGUGUCUCGCCGACUCCGCCUCCUUAUCCUGUCAGAAACGCUGUCCGGGCCGCCCAUGCGCGUCCCGUGUCGGCCGCGGGUGCGCCUUUUGAGGGCGGCGUUCACUGUAUCCUUCGUCUGCCCAUACCUGCUGCCGCCCACAGGGCUCGCGUGUCGGACGGGGGCAACGUGUGCUGACGCAAGCCGUGCGGCGUGGUGCGACUCGGCACGUUCUGUCCAAUCCUUGUCGGUCUUGGGUCGCG